AUGAAUAGUUCAAGCAAAGUUCACCAAGCCAAUCAACAGGGUGAGAACAUUAAAAUUGAGAAGCUCUCAAAGGCACCUUCCGUCUCAAGAUCAUGGUCAGCAUUCAGAAAUCCAAGAAUUGUUCGAGUCUCGCGGUCUUUGGGAGGAAAAGAUAGGCACAGCAAGGUUUGCACUAUUAGGGGACUGAGGGACAGAAGAAUUAGACUGUCUGUACCUACAGCAGUUCAGUUAUAUGAUCUUCAAGACAAGCUAGGACUCAACCAACCUAGCAAGGUGGUAGAUUGGUUGCUUGAAGUCACCAAAUCUGAUAUUGAUAAGCUUCCACCACUUCAAUUUCCUUACUGUUUUGCUCAGUUUCACCAACAAACUCCACUGUUAGGUACCUCUCAGUUUUCUCUUGGAAGCUUGUACGAUGGUGCUAGUUCCGCCUAUGUAAAGGAUGGGGGAAAUCAAAAUAUCAUGGCCAAGUCGACAAAGUAUUGGGAUAUAGAUUCACAAAACAGUAAGGAGUUAGCUGAAAGUGUGUCAUCCUCCCAAAAGGGCAAGUGCUGGAUCAAAACAAAUGAAGAAGCUGGUGGUAGUACUCAAAGUAGAGAAGAUCCUUCAGCUCAUCAUAAGCUCUUCCCCCUUGGGAUUAAUAACUCUUAUUUACCUGAUUUGCUAAACAAUGCCAUGACACAUAACUCCUAUCACCAUUCUGAGCCUUCAAGUCUAUCUUUAUCCCAUCUUGGAAGCCAUGGACUAUUUCCUUCCCAUCCAAGCAGUGGCAGCGGUAUGCAAUUCUCAUCUUCUAAUUUCUCUGGAGCAUCUGGUCCCCAAUUACUUUUUUGUCCACCUUCUGCUACAUCAUCUGCUUUUUACUCAGUGGAAAGUGAUCCAAGACAAUCCAACAAUGUUCAGAUCUUUAGCUCAAGUUCCCAAGUCAUGAUGCCUCAUCCUCUUAUCCAAUCUCUUCAUUCUACCAGUUCACCUCUUAGACGCCUCCCAACAUCACUAAGUUCCAAGCUUCUUGACUCAGAUAAUGAUGAUCGCAGCCAACAAGAUAAGGGUAGUAUUCGUUCUUAA